AUGGCCUUCCUCCUGGUGUCAGCUUAUCUUUUGCUGACUCACACUCAGGGUGCUCCUGUUGAGAAUGGGGCACUGCUGGAGACGCUGAAGUCGCAAGUAGGAUUUUUCAGUAAUAAAAGUGAACACUAUUCUGCACAGGUGAGACCUCCUGGCACAAACCGACGAAUACCUCAGACGAUCAUUAUAGGAGUUCGCAAAGGAGGGACCAGGGCCUUAUUGGAAAUGUUGGAUAUUCAUCCUAAUAUUGUGGUAGCAACUACAGAAGUCCACUUCUUUGACUGGGAUGAAAAUUAUGUUAAAGGAAUAGACUGGUAUAGGCGUCUGAUGCCAUUUUCUUAUGAAAAUCAAAUUACUAUUGAGAAAACACCAGGCUAUUUUACCUCACCACAGGCUCCAGAAAGAAUUCAUGACAUGAAUAGCUCUAUUAAACUGCUGCUCAUUCUAAGAGACCCCACUGAGAGAGUAAUAUCUGAUUAUACCCAAGUAUAUUACAACAGACUAGAAAGUCACAAGCGUGUUCAGCCCUUUGAAGAAAUUGUUAUUAAAAAUGGAGCACUUAAUACCAAAUACAAAGCUAUUCAGAGAAGUCUCUAUGAUAUCCAUAUGGAAAAGUGGCUUAAGCAUUUCAACUUAGAUCAGAUUCACAUAGUGGAUGGCAAUACUUUAAUCAAGGACCCUCUUCCUGAGUUACAAAAAGUGGAAACAUUUCUUAAUCUUCCUUCCAGAAUUAUGUCUUCAAAUUUUUAUUUUAACCAAACCAAGGGGUUCUAUUGCAUUAGAAGUGAUGGAAGAGAGAGAUGUUUACAUGAAUCCAAAGGGCGCCCCCACCCUGUUGUCAACAACACUGUUUUAGAGCAACUUUACUCCUACUUCAGAGAGCACAAUGCAAAAUUUUACAGAAUGGUUAAUCAUUCGUUUGACUGGCAUUAA